AUGUAUAUAUUAACAAAGUGUGGAGUGGGGGAAGUUAGGGACCCCAGCUUUAAUCCACUGCAGCUAAAGUCUAAACCUUUCCCUUUUCUCCUCCAGGUUUGGUUCCAGAACAGACGCGCCCGCACUCUCAAAUGCAAAGGUGCCAAGAAGUCCCUGUGGCAGCCGGACAGUCCAGUCCAAGUCCAGGUCCCGGACUCUCAUCUGACCCCAAACCUCCCCCAGCGCGCCCCCACCACCCCAGCCCAGUGCCCCCCUCCCAGCUUCAUCAAGGAGGAGCGCCCCAACCCCUGCUACUUCACCCAGGCCACGCCUAAAUACAGCACCCCCGUGUACAGCCAGAGAACCCCCCCGUCCUAUCAGGGGUACUGGUCUGCCCCGUAG